AUGGCUGGGACCAACGAAGUCAACGUUAAUGAAUCCAGGACGGUGGUUCCAUUGAAUACAUGGGUCCUCAUCUCCAAUUUCAAGUUGUCUUACAAUCUUCUUCGUCGACCUGAUGGGACUUUUAACCGUCACUUGGCAGAAUUCCUUGAUCGGAAAGUGCCAGCCAAUGCAAAACCAGUUGAUGGGGUUGUCUCAUUUGAUGUCAUCAUUGACCGCGAAACUGGCCUGCUUACUCGAAUCUAUCAACCAGCCAAUGCUGAAGAAUCUGUGCUGAAUAUUCUUAAUCUUGACAAACCUGUGAGCAAUGAGGUUGUGCCUGUCAUAAUUUUCUUCCAUGGUGGAAGCUUUGCGCACUCCUCUGCUAACAGUGGCAUAUAUGAUAUUCUGUGCCGUCGACUAGUUGGUAUUUGCAAGGCUGUAGUGGUCUCUGUAAAUUACCGCCGGGCACCAGAACAUCGAUUUCCUUGUGCCUAUGAUGAUGGAUGGACAGCCCUGCAGUGGGUCAACUCUAGAUCGUGGCUUAAAAGUACAAAGGACUCAAAAGUUCAUAUAUAUCUUGCUGGUGAUAGCUCUGGUGGGAACAUUGUACACAAUGUUGCUUUAAGAGCAGUAGAAUCUGGAAUUGAUGUAUUGGGAAAUAUACUGCUCAACCCAAUGUUUGGUGGGCAGGAGAGAACUGAAUCUGAGAAGCGAUUGGACGGGAAAUACUUUGUCACCAUCCAAGACCGGGACUGGUAUUGGAGAGCUUUUCUCCCUGAAGGGGAAGACAGGGACCACCCGGCAUGUAACCCAUUUGGUCCAAGGGGUAAUAACCUUGAAGCUAUCAAGUUCCCAAAGAGCCUUGUUGUGGUGGCUGGUUUGGAUCUUGUUCAGGACUGGCAAUUGGCUUAUGCUAAAGGGCUUGAGAAGGCUGGCAAAAACACCAAACUUAUGUAUCUUGAGCAGGCCACAAUUGGUUUCUACUUGCUGCCAAAUAAUGACCAUUUCUACACCGUGAUGGAUGAGAUAAGUAAAUUUGUGUGUUCCAACUGUUAA